GGAGCAGCUGCGAUGCAAAACUGAGUGCUUUAAAGAAGAUGUCGGGAGGAAUUCAUGACUUUUAAAUACCUGCCUUCAAAGUGAACAAAACUUCAGACCGAACACUGCCAAGUCUUAACAGUUCAGUCCUACCUUCAAGGUACAGUCAGUGGUGCAUGACCGUUCCAGUUCAGAAGGUUCAGAGAUGGCUUUGUGCCGUGGUGUCCGAGAUCAGAAGUUUUCCUAGUGGCACAAGGAAGGGGAAUGGGAGAAUGGCAGAUGGCAUCAGAGACACAAGACUGGCCAAGAGUCUGAUGGAGGAGCUCUGCAGACGAUACUGGUAGAAAAGAUGAUGAAAGUGCUUUGCUGGAAGUCCCAUACUUAGUGGCGCAACCCACCCACCCACACUGAGCAAUCAUUGCUGAUUCCCUGCCAAAGGGAGGUGAGAGCAACUGACAGAAAGACAGCGAGCAAAUGCACUGGAGAAUGAAUGAGAAUACACAGACCAUGGACUGAUCCUCCUCACUGACAAACAAGCUCAUCCACUCUGAAAAGCCCACUGCUUGGAAACUAUCGGGUCGGAAGCAAAAGGGAAAGAAUUUGCGCUUUCAAAAGAGUAACAGCAGCAGCUUUGUUUCACUGAAGAAUAGAAUAACAAGCCUGAGGUCGAGAGCUGGUUUUACACGUGCCGUUUCGAAAUGGGAUAGAGAUUAUUUCCCUUUGACUGUGAAGAAAGCAACAUCGUCUUUAAAAGGAAGCUGGAGUUAGUGAAAGAAGCCAGGGAUGAACACACGCAAGGAUGAAUCAUUUGGAAUGGAUGAGCUGCUGCAGUUUCAGUCUGGAGUAUGUGUUUCCUAAGAACGGUGACAGGACCAGAGUGAAUGUGGUCCUUAAUGAUACUCAAGAGAGACCAGGUGAAUGAUGGCUUUCAGUUUGCACGUUCCCGGCACUCCAUGGCAGGACCCACUGUUCCUUUUCGAUUCCCACAGUGACACUACUGAAUAUGAAAGAUUCUGCUGGUGAGUCUCGAAAGCCAAGGUUCCGAGAAUGAGUUCUUUAACUGAAGUGGAGAACUCUCUCAAUCUGACCACGUACUCUACACCACCUCUUCUGCUGAAUCUCAGCGCGCUCGGCAGUAGAGGCCUGACAGGGUUUACCGUAAAUCGAUCUGGCUCCUGUAACCUUACCCUUGACCCCGAAGCCCAACUGAGCGACGCGUGCGGCGAGAGAAGGGGGAAAAACUGGCCAGCCCUUCUGAUCAUCAUCAUUAUUGUCCUGACAAUUGGGGGAAACAUUCUGGUUAUCAUGGCAGUGUCACUGGAGAAAAAGCUGCAGAAUGCCACUAACUAUUUCCUCAUGUCUCUGGCUAUAGCAGACAUGCUGGUGGGGAUCCUUGUCAUGCCCGUCUCUCUCAUCACUGUACUGUAUGUCCUCAGCGGUCUGCAGGACGAGAGAAUUGCUAUGAAUGAAGCAGAUGCAUUCCUGACAGUUAUGAGGGAGAACUGAUUACAACACUAUUCUGAUUUAACAUGA